AUGCAGCUGCGCCAGUUGCUUUUGGCCUUAGCAGCCCUGUCACUGGUGCAACAUUGCUUUCUUGGGCCUCGUCAGAACGAGGCGCCGCGAGCCCGGCUCGUACUGCGGCGGGCGGCGCCGCCCGUCGAGCUGGCUUCGGAGUUCCUGGCAGGAUGGGAGAGGCAGGAGAUGGCCCAGAAGAAGGCGGGCGCGGCCCCGGCAGGGCUGACGCCUCCAAAAGAGAUCAGUGAGGCCGAGGAGCUGAGGUCUGCGAUACAGACGCUGGCGAAGUCCAAGAGCAUGCAGAGCUUGAGGCUGGGCAUCAUGGCCCCCUCGGGGGAAGCUGCGCUUACCGCCAUGCAGAACUGGGUGGAAGGCCUGGAGCUCGAUAGCCCGGCCGAUGGCGUGAUGGCAGUGGACGACGAAAACUCGCCCUUGGACAUGUCGGAGAUCGCCUCGGGGCCUGUGUACCUCAAGUACCAGUACAGCUUCGGAGAUCCCGCAAAUCGAGCGGACAACGGCAACCCCUCCAAAGAGAACGUAGUCCCGAAGGUGGGUGCCUACAUGAAGAGCUGCCCAUUUCCUGGGCGAGGCUGGAUCGGAUGGCGGGCAUGUUGGGACCACAGAGUGAGUAUCAGGAGUCGCCAAAGCUACCAUGUCUUCCGUCAGAGCGGCUUGGAAAUUGGAUUGACUUGA